UUUAUACGGAAACAGCAUUUUUAGAUAUAUAUUUGUUUGCAGUAUGUGCGCAAAUGGAUUCACCGAUUUCGAGUAAACGUAAACGCUAUUCAGCGUCUGCAGUGAAGACUUCUGAUAUAGCAGAAAGUAAAAAAAGAUCCAUUAACUCAUCAACUGAGCAACUAAUCCCUUCCUUUACCCCUCCAAAAUUAAUCGACCAACUCUAUCAUACUUAUCAGUCAUUGAAAACAGAACGCGUAUCUUCAAGUCAAAUUGAAAGCUCCCAAAAGGAACAGAAAUCACAAACUUCAAAAAUUUCAACAGCCAAGAAAGCUGCGAUUAAACUAAAGCAAAACUCAUUAGAGCUAAAGUCUUCCGAAUUAAAAAAGAAAAAGACUGAAUAUUGUAAAUCUCGCAUAGCGAAAGAAAAGGAGCAAAAAUUCAUCGUGGAGACAGUGAACAGGGCUUGGGAAUUUGUGCUCCUCAUAUACGAUGAUAUCAAGUAUAUGGUUCAGAAGGAAGGAGGUUUUGAUCACCAUUUCAGUGAUGUGUCAGACAUGAAAAAUGUAAUAAUAGAGAAACUGAAAAUCGAGAGCGAGAAACUCGAAGUUUCAAGCGAAGAAGGAAAUUUCGAAACAGAAAUCAGCGAUGAAAAAUGCGCCCUAGAGAAUUUGAUAAAAACACGUUCCAAAAUCAAAGAAGAGGAAGAAAAAUCGCAAGAUUCAGAUGAAGUGUUGUUCACUGUAAAGAACGUGGAAGAAAAACUCAACAGCAUAGAAGGGUAUAUUAAGAACUUAAACGAUGAGGAAAUUGUUUUGGAAAAUGUUUCACAAAAGAAGACUGAUCAAAUUUUAGAAGAGAACAGCAAAUUCUCCCAAGCUCAGCAGAAAUUAGAAGAAGAGUUUAAUGUCUUAGAAACCCAGCUGAAGGAUCUUGGUGAUGUCGACGAAAUGAAAGAAUCAGCCUAUCUAAAAAUAAAAGAAUUAAUCUUGACAAAAAUAAAUCCAGACACUAGCAUAGAAAAAGAUUUCAAAGGAGAAAUUCAGCAGAUAGAAGUCCAGAUAAAAGAACUAGAUUUAAAAUUAGAUCUUCAAAAAGCGAGUGCAGAUUCCACAAAUCAGCUCUUAAAACUCGAAAGUAGUCUGAGAGAUUCAAAGAACGCAAUUAAUUUUAUUUUAUCGAAGAAUAUCGAUGUAGAUAAUCUUGAUAAGUCGUUAAUAAAAGUAAAUAAAGAAUUAGAACUUCUUCUGAGUGAGAAAAUUUCCACGGAAAACAAAUUAAGGAGUCAGGAACUGGAAGACUUGAUUCGUCAACAAGAGAAAAAUAAUGAAGGAAAUUCUGAGAUUCUACAAGAGUUGCACCAAGAUUUAAACUGCGAAAAAGAAGAAUCAAUAAUUCAUGACUUAGAAUUAGAUUUAUCAGAGAAAGAAAAAGUUAGGAAUGAGAUAUUUGAAAACUACAGCAAUAUUAAGAAGGUGAACAACGAACACUUAGAAAAGAAUCCAAACUUGUUGGAGACAAACAGUUUGACAGACUUCGCAUCGAUGAAAAAGAAAUUGGAGGCAGCUGUAAAUUCAGCGCAGCAAAGAGAAAAAACCUUGGACAAGAGAUACGAGAUUAAAUUAAAGGAGCUUGAGCAUAAGAGUAAAAAGUAUCUGGCAGCUCUAAAAGAGGUUCAUCAGGAAUUUAAUCCAAUGAAGGAAAAGUCAAAAGUCCAUAAUUUUUCGAGCCUUCAAACGAAAAUUAAAGAAGCAGAAGAAAAGCUUCAAAAGAAAAAGAAAGAUCUUAAGAAAAGAGCUUUACCGGUAAUAACAAAAUCUGAACCAGUCAAAAUAGACUUGGAGACUCUCUCGUUGAUAAAAACGCUUACCCAGAAACUUCCAGAAAAACCGGAAUAUACACUCUUUUCCGAUGAUGAGUCAAUUGACAGCGAUGUCCGUUUUGACCGUCUCAGUGAAACCUAUCAAUUUCAGUCCGUUCAGUUGAACAAGAAGCAGGAAACUAUGAAGAAAAACUCAGAAAAGGAGGAAUUUUUGUUUCCGCUUACCCAAGUAAAGGCUGUUUCUCCCGAGGCAGAUUUAAAUAAAGAAGGCGAUUUCUUCCCACUUUCUCAAGCUAGGGGUUUAAAACCAUUUUCUGAAGAUCAUUCUGAAAACCCCGAAGAAGAUGAAUAUUCGUUUCCUUUGACUCAAGGAAAGAAUGAAAAGUCAUCUUCGCAAACAUCAUUCGAAGAACUCAGAUCUGAGUAUGUAAAAUCUCCAAAAAAUGAAAAAAGGGUCAUUACAAGUUCUCAGAAACCAUCUUCACAAGACUCAUUUGAGUAUGAAUCACAGGCAAAGGAGAAAAAUGUCGCCCGUUCUCAACCAAAGGUCGAAAUUUCAACGCCCUCUAAGGGUCGUUCUGUAAAAGAAGCAGAGAAAGAGCGCGGGAGAUCAACUGACAGAAGAUUUUUCAAAUCGUCCUCACAGACUGUCAGCAAGAGUUACAAACGAAGCAAAUUUAUUCCUCCGAGAAAAUUCUAAUAUUUUUAUAUUGCUUAAAGUAAAUAUGUAUCAAACAACAAUCUACCACGAUGUAUUAAUGUGCAGUAAUAUUUUUAAACGAAAAUAAUGAUCUAGGUUUAGAAACAAUGUUAUGUUUAUUCAGAUAUAUUUAUCAUACUAUGUCCGUUAUAGUUAUGUUACAUAAGUAGUUAAGCGACAACAAAUUUUAAAUUGAAAAACAAAAAUUAUAUUUACUUUUUAUAUUAAAACACAUAUUUAGUUCAGGUUGCUAUAAUGUUGUGUUAGUUGAUUAAUUGAAGCUUAAUUAUCUUAUCACAUCACCAUCAAAUCACAUACAACAUGGCGAGCCUCAAUUAUUACAAAAUAAUAUUCCACACAAAAAAUUUGAGUGAUCUAUUUGUUUGAAGCCCGCCGUAAUAAGUUAUAUCAUUAAUAUUAUAUUUUAACAUUUGUUAGUUAAAACGUCAUAAGUAUACCAUGUCCAAUCUUCGAAAAUAAUUGUUAUUUUUAGACUCAACCAGGUUAUGUUAAUAAAUCUUGUAAAAAAAGUGAAAAUUAUCU